AUGUCGAGUCCCAUCUACGCCUCUUCACCCUCUUCGGGAACUGCCGAUGCUCGUCAUCGCUCAGCAUCCUUCGGCGGUCCCCGCCUCGACCUCGUCCUAAGACCAUCGUAUUCGCUGGGCCCGUUCAAGCUGGGUCACUCCCUCUGGCACACGCUCAACUAUCUGCGGUCCAACCAGUCGCUAUUCCCUCAGAUCAACAUCACCUACGAUGAGACUUCCCCAAGAGUAUCACCCAUUGCCGUGGCUAUUCAGCCCAAUCUGCAUCUCAUCUUCAACGGCUUGACCCAGCGCCUGGUCAUGAUCACGCUCGAAAAUCUCGAUUCCUCGUCAUCAAGCACAAGCCCGUCAUCCGCAAGCUCAGAGCCGAGUCAUCGUCCCGUGAACCUCAUCUACAACGGCAAGCUCAUCUACUCAAAAGGCUUAGCAAGAUCCGCACCCGUCGCUCUGAACCGCUCCACGUUGCAUCAGAUCCUCGGUCCCACCUACCCUGGCCGUCCAGAGACCUCCACCGCCUCGCCCAGCAGCCUCGUGUCGUCUGCAUUCGGCAGCAAGCUUGACUCGAAAGACAGCGAGCAGAGCGAGUUCGUCAUCACCUAUCCCGGCCUCGCUUUCUGCUUUGCCCUCAAGCCGAACGCGUCCAAGGAGGCGGAUGUGGACAAGUCUCAGCCCGUCUCGUCUAUGCACAUCUUUUCUGGGGCAGACCCCAACAGCCCAGAGGACGUCCUCGUCUCGCCAUCUGCCAGCCUAUCGACCACCGAACAGGCACGUCCGCCGUCACGAUCCUCUAAAGGCAUGCUAUCACCGACGGCAGCAGUCAGCGACUACCAGCAGCUCAACAACGACCGUGACCGCGCAGCGCUCGACACGGACGCCAUCCAAGUACGAUGCCCUACCCUCCUCGAGGCGGAGGUCACGCCUGGUCGCGGAGUAUCUCUGCACUUUGCAAAGAGCGGCGCUUCACGAGCAGAUUCGCCUCCCCCCGACAACCGGAACGUCUCCGCAUCGCACGUGGUCGAGCUUCUGCUCGGAAUCAGCACACCACAAGAUGCACUCUGCGACCUCGGCCAACCGCAGCGCAUCUUCUACAAAGAAGACGAUCGGAUGCGCAUUCACGGUACCGCAACCGCAUCAAACGGCAAUCGCAGCACGCGAGACCGAGCCUCGGAAAACAGCGGCUCGACCGACGACUCGCACUCCACCUCGCACGACGCACACGACUCGGCCUUCUUCUACAACUACUUUGAUCUCGGCCUCGACCUUCUCUUUUCCCGAGACACGUCGCGCAUGCCGUCGAUCGCAGAGAUGUACGAUGCAGCGGCGAACGGUCAGCCGCGGUUGGAGAAGGUGGUGUGCCAUACGAACGUUCCGGGCGAUGCGCUGUUUCAGCGGUACAAUCGGUGUCCGUGGCGUGUUGUCGCUGCGGGGAAGAGUGCGAGCAAGGGUAAGGCGGGCGAAGGGGGCACGGGGACGUUCUCGUUCAAGGAUCAUUUUGAUAGCACGCUCAACGCGGGUGAGGAUGAUAGGGGGAUGGAGCUGGAUCGUGGCACCUGUGCCGAGUUUAAGGGCAGCGGUGGGAGUUCUGGUCUCAAAGGUGCGGGUCGUCGACAGGCGCUGGGCAAGCAGGAUGGUGGCGUCGAUAGCAGUCCCGAGCGGGACAGUUCGAGCGAGCUUCUCGUCGAUCUAAGCACCCGACUCGUUGGGCGGCAAGGACUGGUGCUCGAGGUAGGCAAAGACGGAUCCAUGGUCGGCAUCGUCGUGUUCUAA